AUGGGACUCAAACCACCAGGUCUCAGCACUUCCAUGUUUUCCUUGGGAGAGGGAGAUGACUUUCGACGUGCGAUGCAGGCAGCGGAUCUGCCUUUCUUCAACGAACGACCUCUUAUGCCUCAAGAUCCUAUUUUUAGUGCUUUUCCACGAUCGAAAUCAGUAUCGGAUGACAUGGGUUUGACGGACCAUUGUGCAUGUAUUGGAAACCAGGCCAAGUUUUUGUCGACUUUGAAAAAGAUGGAGGGCAAAUAUUCCCCGGCACCCGUUCCUGUCAUUCUUCAAGCAACUCAGGAUAGCCGGGUUCUCUGGGAACGCCUGAUGCAUUGCUCCUGCUGUCGACGCGAUCGUGACUCAGUGGCCGUAUUGAUGUUUGCGAUGGGUUUGCGUAACAUUAUCCGAGGUCUGCAGUGCCUGAUGCUAAAUCACCAAUCCUCGCAGCAUUCAAUUCCUCAUCCAAAUUCGGGCCAGCACGCAAUUUCAGGGCACGGCCCAGCAGCUUUCAGCAAUGGCUCAACCACGCAUAUAAAUGGAGUCAACAACCGAGAUAUGAUUUUUGACAACAUCAACCACCGUUCCAGCACUUUGAUGAAAGACACAAUCCGAGUUGGGAGCUUCGAGGUUCCGCAAGAAGAACAGGCAUUCUUAACAGACGUUCUAAUUGCUCGGGCGUUGAGCAAAAUUAAAUCUAUCCUCGAGUCCAUGAUGGGCUAUCUUGAACGAGUCUCUGAUUCAUCUUUUCAAUCCCAGCAUGGCGAGAAGUGGCCCGUACACUUUGUUCUGGAGGAUUUACAACGAUCAGUUCUCGUCACUGAGGGGUCUGUCAGGGAAAUUAUUCAGCGAUGA